GACGCAGGUGUGGACAGGGGAAACCAGAAGCCGGGAUGUAGGGGUGGCGGUCUCCCUGCAGUGGAGAAGACCCUGCCGCCACUGCCCUGGGCAAAGCCGGCCCCGCCAAAGCGCCGCGGCUGCGGUGAGGUGAAUGUGUGCGUGUGGUGGGGCUACUUUUGGGGACAAAGGGCGGAGCUUCAGAGACAGACUUUAGCCCCGGGGUCCCAACAGACUUUGGCCCCGCCGCCCCCACCUGCCGCGCAGCUGGGAACCAGCGCGUCACUCCCAGCGGAAACGCCGCACAGCCCGGGCAUCUGGCGAGGUGCGCGCCUCCCGGCCCCCGCUCCGACGCUUCGCGGCUCCCGGCCCGCCGCCCCGCUCUCUCAGCCGCGCAGGGGCGUGGACAGGGCAGCACCUACCGGGAUCCGUGAGUCCAACCGCCGAGGAGACCCCGAAGACAAGCCAGCCCGGACGGCAGUCCGAAGACAGCCGCGGAAGGUCUGAGGCUAUCGGUGGGUGGGAGGCGCCGACGCCGACUUGACAGCGCGUCCCAGCACCACGGACUCGCUCGCUCUCGCUCUCAGGACAAACUGAGGAAACAACCUUGGUUCCCGGAGCCGGCGGGGACUGUGGAGACGCUGCCAGAAUCCUCAACAGCUUGGAAAUCUGAUCACCUUGGCUCCUGGAGACUUGGAGCAGGAACUGACAGCUGGCUGACAAAAAAACUCAUCCAGGGAGAGAAAAGGCAUAAGUGAAGUAUGAAAUUUUGAAUAACGUUUUCAGGUUUGAUCCUUGUCAUGUUACAGAAGAGGGACCCAAGACUGAGAGGCUAAGAGAUCUGAUGGUGGUGUACAGCUCCUCUUUUCAGAUGCUUUGCAGUCAGAAUAGACCACUGGUGGGAUCCAAGCUGUCAAGCAAUCCUAUAUUCCUAAGGUCUCAAAUUGCAGGGAGACAGACACAGCAAGAGAGGGAACACAAGCAAGGGGAGCAGGAGCGGGGGAAGCAGGCUUCCCAUGGAGCAGGGAGCCCGACGUGGGGCUCCAUCCCAGGACCGGGGAUCAUGACCUGAGCUGAAGGCAGAUGCUUAAUGACUGAGCCACCCAGGUAUUGAUUCUGACUUUUGAAGAUGGAUGAAGGUGUAGAAAUUUCAAGUGAUGGAAAUUCCCUCAUCAAAGCAGUCCAUCAGAGCCGGCUUCGCCUCACAAGACUCUUGCUAGAAGGUGGUGCCUACAUUAACGAGAGCAAUGACCGUGGAGAAACACCUUUAAUGAUCGCUUGUAAGACGAAACAUGUUGAUCACCAGAGUGUCAGUAAAGCCAAAAUGGUUAAAUACCUAUUAGAAAACAAUGCUGACCCCAACAUACAGGACAAAUCUGGGAAAACUGCUUUGAUGCACGCUUGCUUAGAAAAAGCUGGUCCUGAAGUUGUUUCCCUGCUUCUAAACAGUGGGGCUGAUCUCAGCCUGCAAGACCAUUCUAGUUAUUCAGCCCUUGUUUAUGCUAUAAAUUCAGAGGAUAGAGAAACCCUGAAAGUUCUACUUAGCGCUUGCAAGGCAAAAGGGAAAGAGGUCAUUAUCAUAACAACAGCGAAAUCCCCCUCUGGUAGGCACACUACCAAACAGUACUUAAAUAUGCCCCCUGUAGAUAUAGAUGGGGGUCAUUCCCCAGCCUCCUGUGCCACUCCUUCAGAAAUAGACAUAAAAACAGCCUCAUUGCCACUUACACAUUCUUCUGAAACUGAAACGACCUUUUUUGGCCUUAAAGGUCUGGAGCUCUCAGGAAGUAGUGAUGAUACACAGGAUCCAGGCUCCUCUGUGAGGAAGCCUGCUGUGGCCUCUAAUGGGCCCAAGCUACCCCAACCUCCAACCUGGAUCAAGAGUCCUCCCUUACUAAUGCACCAAAACAGGGUGGCCUCUUUGCAGGAGGAGCUCCAGGAUAUUACUCCAGAGGAAGAAUUAUCCUACAAAACCAAUGGGGUGGCACUUUCCAAGCGCUUCAUCACUAGGCACCAAAGUAUUGAUGUAAAAGACACAGCACAUUUAUUAAGAGCCUUUGAUCAGGCCAGCUCAAGAAAGAUGUCAUACGAUGAAAUAAAUCAUCAGGCAUUUUUUUCAGAAGGAAACCAGCAAUGCACUGAAAUCCCUGCUGACCCAGAUCCAGACUCUAACCAGACAAUCUUUGCUUCUACCUUAAGAAGUAUAGUUCAAAAAAGAAACUCAGGGGCAAAUCACUACAGCUCUGAUUCCCAGCUCUCCGCUGGUCUUACCCCUACAACUUUAGAAGAUGGCAAAGCACUUAUAGGAAAGAAAAAGGUCUUCUCGCCAUCUCCUUCCUUGCUGUCAGGGCCUAGAGAAUUGCUGGAGAAUAUCUCACCAGGUCCCUUGAGCAGGAGAAAUCAUACACUUUUAGAAAGGCGUGGGUCAGGAGCUUUCUCUUUAGAUCACAAUAUUACUCAAGCCAGACCAGGAUUUCUGCCACCCUUAAAUGUGAAUCCUCACCCUCCCAUUUCGGAUAUCAAUGCCAAUAAUAAGAUUUCCAGCCUCCUUUCUUGUGGUCAAAAAGUGCUUAUGCCAACAGUUCCUAUGUUCCCUAAAGAAUUCAAAAGCAAAAAAAUGUUGUUAAGGAGACAAUCAUUGCAAACAGAACAAAUUAAGCAAUUAGUAAAUUUUUAAGAGAUGCCUAGAAAGCACAUUUUGUUCAGUUGUCUACAUCAGAGAAAUAUAGAACCACAGAAGAAGUCUCAAAUUUUCAUCCUUUUAAAUCUUGUAAUUGGUUAGUCCAUCAUUGUUAGGGUCAUCAAAAUAUACUGCGUAUCGUCCUAGGCACUGUGGACAUACAAAUAAUAUGUAGUUUCUACUAAGGAAAUUUAAACAAAAUUAAAGCUGUAUUUCUCAAAAUUUCUAAUAUAUAACAACCUUCAUGUGGCCCAAGUUUCUAAUUUAAACAAAAAUCAGUAAAAAAAAGAAGGUCAAAUAUGUUGGAGAUGAUUUCAUAUUUUUCAAAUAUUUUAUUAGGAAACACUGCAUUCAAAUCAAUAAACAUUUUUAACAUUACAAGUCAAUAAAUGAUUGUAAUUUUCCGAGAUGCCAAAAGCAUUAAAAAAAAAUGAAAGUGUUCUAUGAUCAAUAAGCCUGUACGGUAUAAGGAAAGGUAUAAGGUAUAAGGAAAGAAUGAACUAAUUCUUAAAAAUGUUGAUUGCAAGUGUAUGAAAUCUAAUUAAAAUUUUAAAAGGCUAACCAUUAUAGUAUACUGGGCAGCUAAUAUUCAUGUUGUCAGCUUUAUCAAUGUCAAAUAACAGAUCGGAGUUUUAUAAGCUAGUAAUAAUCUAUGCUAAGUGUUAGUGUGUUGUUUUUUGCUUGGUUUUAUUUUGUCUUUAAUGUUAUCCCAUAAAUUCUUUCUUCAUAUCCUUUAAUUCCUGCUAUUAUUUUUUAAGUCUAUCCAUAGGUUCCCAAUAACAAGAAAAAGCAGAAGUUUAACAGCAUUCCUCUUUACUUAUAUCAAAUUAUUCUUGUCUUUCUACAGACAACCAAAAAACCAAAAAUCUGGGGGUUUAUCACAAAUAGAAACUAUGUGCUUGCUUCAUUUUAGAAAAGAAAAACUGAUUAUUAGAUUCUCUUAGGUUAGGUAAAAUUAGAAAAGCCAGUAGAAACUUAAUUACAAAAUACACUAUUCGGUCAAGAUUAAACAAUAUCUUUUAAUUUCUAACAUGUAAUUAUUAGACAUUUAUAUAAUAAGGAUAAUUUCCUUAGUGUGACAUUCCAAUCAUCUAGUAUUUAGGACCUGUGAAUAACUUCUAACAAAAUAAAUGAAUACCAUGUUACUAUCAUAAAAUAUUACAAAAUGACUAUAUUAUCUAAACGACUUCAAAAUGUGGUGUUUAUAUAAAGAAUCCUUAUUUCAAUCUAGCAGUUUUACAACAAAGAGUACAUCAAAUUAUACAAAACAGGAGUGAAUUAAUUUGAUGACUGACAUAUACAACUUUAUUUCUUUGCCUUCUAUUAGUAGAGGAGAUCCUAACAAUUGGCAUGAUGCUUUUCUUGGUAAUUUGAUAUAAGCAAGUUGUAAUGUACAUGGUAAUUAUUUAAUUUUUUUGUGGUUUUCAUUUGAGUAAAAUAAUUGGAGGUUUUCCAUUUAAUGUUUUAAAGAACAUUACUGUAAAUUACAUUAGAAAUAUUUUUUGAUUCAGAACUUAGAAUUGUACCUGAUGUUUAUAAGUAGCUAAACCCUUUUUGCAAGUUUUAAUAUUGAGAAAAGUGCUUGGCUUUAAGUUGCAAGGAUACAGUUUGGAAGAAUAUGUAAAUAGAUUAGUUCAGAAACAAAAUGUUAUCAAUAAAAAUUUUAAAUGUUA